UUGCUAGGGAUGAAUCGAUCUGCAUACUGUCCUACUCAGGCCUCGACCGAUGAAUGUUGCCAUACCUACCUCACAUACCUCUUCACAGCCGAUGACAUCGAGACAAUGGUUGACUUGUGAACUGAUCCAGUCACUUUCCUGUGUUACUUAUUUGCGUUCAGCCCCUACGCGUCCGUUUGUUCUGUCUGACGCCUGCGCAACGAAUACCCAGUAUUCUCUUUCAUUUUGGAGCGCUUUGAAUUGCCUCUGCCUCUGGGAGGUAUAAAUAGCUCCGCCCUCUUGCGACCUUGGCCGUUCAGUCCUAGCGAAUUACCCUUUAUUAUUAUUAUUAUUAUUAUUGAGUUUCUAGACCAACGAGAACGAAAAUCGACAUCAUGAUGCUAAAACCCGUUGCUUUGGCCCUGGCGGCCCUUCAAUGCGUUGCGGGUCUUCGUUUUGCGAUGUAUAUCGAUGAAUACCACACCGAGGGCCUUCCUGGCAGCAACACGACCCAGGGCAUCACGCAUGCGAUUAUGGGCUUUGCCAAAUCCACUGACUUCAACACUGAUUCAGGGUCGUCGUUUGAGCCAUUUGAGCCAGUCGAAACCAUGCGCAAGCGUUUUGCGCCUGACACAAAGGUUUUGGUUGCGAUCGGUGGAUGGGGUGACACGGAGGGUUUCUCGAAGGGUUCAAAGGACGAUGCCUCCCGGAAACGGUACGCGAAGAACGUCGCGAAGAUGCUGGACAGCAAGGGAUUUGACGGCGUUGAUGUCGACUGGGAGUACCCUGGUGGAAACGGUCAAGACUACAAACAGGUCCCAAACAAGGACAAGGUUGGCGAGAUCGAGGCGUUCCCGCUGUUCAUCCAGGCUCUUCGUGAGGCAAUCGGCAAUGAUAAACUCCUCACCAUCGCGACUCCGGCUAAGAGAGAGGACAUGAUCGCGUACACAGAGGAAAACGGACCCAAGAUCUGGCCGUCUGUGGACUUUGUCAACGUCAUGUCGUACGACUUGAUUAACCGCCGCAACAACGUGACGAAGCAUCACUCCAGCGUGGUCGACUCGCACGAUACCAUCAAGGCGUAUCUUGAUAUUGGAGCGCCACCAGAGAAGCUCAACCUUGGGAUUGCCUACUAUAUGAAAUGGUUUACCACCCAGGAGAACGCAGAUUGCGACACUCACCCCAUUGGAUGCCCAACUGUGGAAAUGGAGACCGCCAACGGAGAAGACAACGGGAAGUCUGGCACCAUCACGUUCGAAACGAAGAGCAUGGCUCCACCGCCGAAAGACUUGAAAGAGUCGACUGACCAAAAAUGUGGUCUCGAGGCCAAAGCCAAGUGUCCUGCUGGGUCCUGCUGCAGCAUCUACGGAAAUUGUGGCACGGGAGAUGACUUCUGUGGGACCAACUGUGAUUCUAACUACGGCGAGUGCAAGGGAGUGUCGAUUCAAGGCUCACUGCAAAGCGCGCUCAAGGACGGCAAGACCGACGAGGAAGCGGGCGGCCAGUACUACAUGGACGUGAAGAACAACCUGUUCUGGACCUGGGACACACCCGAAUUAAUCACCCGCAAGUUCAAGGAUAUUGUGGACGCCGAGAAGCUGGGAGGUGUUAUGGCGUGGAGCUUGGGAGAGGAUACAUACAAAUGGGAGCAUCUGAAGGCGAUGCAGGCAGGAGUGGCCGAGCGCGGUGGCAACUCCAAGGCUCGCGAGGACUCUGAAUUUUAAUUGUGAAUUAAGUUUGAGAG